AUGGCGACCAUGGAAUCGCUCACGGGGAGCGAGGCGUACGGCUUUGGGUUCGUCCCGCCCGUGAUCUCGGCGUUCGCGCGCGGUGGAUGGCGCCGGGGACGGGUGUUGAGCGCGACGGAUGUGCGCGCGCCCAUGGAUGGGGGUCCAGACGUCAUCGUGGACGACGUCGGCGCGGUGGCGAGCGCGGAGGAGACGGCGAUUCGACGGUUAAAUCGCGCGAUGAUGCGGGCGUGGCGAGACGGCGACGUGGACGCGAACGGGGGGUACGUCCCGGAGCCCGACGCGCCGUGGCGACGCGCGGCGUGCGACUUGGAGGGUGAUUUACGAACGCCGCGCGCGCGCGUCACCCCUCCAAGCGACGCCGCGCGCGCGCGCGAGCGACGGUGCGUGCACAGAAUCAUGGACAUGCUCGACGAGGAUCUCCCGGCGUGCGUGCCCGCGCUGAGCAUGAUGCAGCGUCUGGCGCCGAACCCGGAUGCGCUCGAAGCCUUCGUCGACGACAUGGAGCGUCGGUUCCGCGCGCGCGCGCUUCCGACGGUCGACGUCCUCGGACGACGGCUCGUGCACCGAUGGCGAUUGUUUCUCAUCGUCGCGAUCGUGGCGUCGGUGGGCGCGGGCGUGGGCGUCGUGCACGCGUCGCGCGCCGCGUACGCGCGCGUCUUCGCGCCGCGGUGA